UUUUGGGCUGGACCCAAAUGAUCCAAACUCCAAACCCCAAACCCGAAAUAAUAUUUUCCUUCACAUUUCUGCCCGGCGACGGCUUCAUCUACGACCUCCAGUCUCCAGCUUCAGAAGAUCGAGUUAAAGUUUCAGAGCAAUAGAAUCUACAAGAUGGAGGGAACUGGAAGGAGAUCGAGAUUCUCACUCCUGCUUCUUCCUCUGCUGAUAUCUCUCUCAAUUCCCUGCAUAUCUGCCGCUUACAAGCCAGGCGACAUCGUUCCCAUGAGCAAGAUGGGCCUUUAUCACUCUAUGAAAACCGAAUGGCAUGAUAUGAUCGGUCGACAUUGCCCAAUAUUUGCUGUCUAUCGUGAGGUGUUAGUUCCUAUAGCGAAGCCGAUGGGUUAUACAGGAGCUGAUGCUUAUAAGAUAUCAUUUCAAGUUGGGAGAGAAAAGUUUUUAAUACCGUGGCUUUUUGUGAUAAAUCGUAAAAGUUCAGAGGUCCCAAUGAUUGAUGUCCAUUUGAGGUACUCGGGAAGUGAUUUGCAUGGUGUCACUGCUAAAGUUGUGGAUAUGCCUCACCACUACUUAGAAAUCCAUCCAGAUAUUCGCAAACAAUUUUGGGAUGCUCAGCACUGGCCAAAGCAUGUGCUGGUCAGAUAUACAUGGGAGGAGCAAUCAGAGAUAGACGUGACUUCUGGAUUUUAUGUACUGUUUGGAUCAGGUCUCAUGCUUUCUUUUAUUCUGUCGAUAUACAUUUUGCAAUCAUCACGGGACAAGUUAGCAAGGUUUGUGAGGGAGAGAGUUGCAGAAAGCAACAUGCCUGCUGGAGGUGUGGCAAAGGUUGAAUGAUACAACACCAUUGAAAGCGUCAAUAUAGUCUGCAUGUGCAACUCAGUCCGAAAGAGAAAAUGAAACUAGUUGGGGUAGGUAUGAUUCAGUGAACGCGUAUUUUGUUGUCUGAUUUCACUCAAGAAGAUCGAUCUCCAAUCUCUCUAGAAGAAGAAAGCUGAAUGAAAUUAAAACGCCCGAAAGCCUGGUCAGAGUUUUAACUAAUCAGACUGAAAUCUUCUUUUUAUGUACGCAAUUGACCUCUCCAUAAAUGGGGGUAAGGCUAGCCGACAUUCACCUCUCCCAGACCCUGCGUAGAGCGGGAGCCUUGUGCACUGGGUACGACCUUUUUUUAAUUGAUAUGUAUGGUCACAAACGGUUUAAACUCUCACAGUUGUACCUCAAGGAUACUUAACCAUGCUAAGAACAUGUUUGUUGCAUAGAUUAACUUGUUUCUUUUGAGAUGUCAUGCAUUCUGGACAUGGAUUUCCAGAUACACAGAUACAAAUAUGAAAUAUACAACCAUUAAUUUGA